AUGUGGUGGCCGUUAAAUGAAAGAUUUUGUAUUUGAUCAAAGGGAGGAAGAGAGAGAGAGAGGCUUUGACGAUGGCGUCUCUUUCUCUCUGCUCCGCUCACUUGUCUUCAACUCCGUCUCGCUCCUCUCUUCCCACUUCGUCGCUGCUUUCUCCUCCUCUGUCUCUUUUCCAAUCACCGAUCAUCCGUCGCAAUAGUAGUAUCUUCUUCACCGUCACCCCACGCCAAAUUCCUCAAUCAUUCCCAACAUGCACUUCUCUGGUAAAGUGUUGUGUAAAGGAGCCAUUGAAGGUGAUGAUUUCGGGUGCUCCAGCUUCAGGCAAAGGCACUCAAUGUGAGCUCAUCGUUCAAAAGUUUGGUUUGGUGCACAUAUCAACGGGGGAUCUCUUGAGGGCAGAGGUGUCAUCUGGGACAGAGAUUGGGAAGAAAGCAAAAGAGUUUAUGAACUCGGGUAGUUUGGUUCCCGAUGAGAUUGUUAUAGCGAUGGUGGCAGCAAGAUUAUCACGUGAAGAUGCUAAAAAGAAUGGAUGGCUUCUCGAUGGAUUUCCACGGACUUUUGCUCAGGCGCAAAGCCUGGACAAACUAAACGUCAAACCUGACAUUUUCCUCUUAUUAGAUGUUCCUGACGAAAUUCUAAUUGAGAGAUGUGUUGGUAGAAGGUUGGAUCCAGUGACUGGAAAAAUUUAUCAUAUUAAAAGUUACCCUCCCGAAUCAGACGAAGUUAAAGCAAGACUGGUUAUGCGCCCUGAUGAUACUGAAGAAAAGGUAAAAGCACGUCUGCAGAUAUACAAACAAAAUUCGGAAGCUAUUAUUUCCGCUUACUCAGAUGUUAUGAUCAAGAUUGAUGCAAACAGGGCAAGAGAAAUGGUUUUUGAGGAGACCCAGACUCUUCUGUCUCAGAUAAACCUAAAUAGAAUGAUAAAGACUGCGAUUCUAAUUAAUAAACAGGUCCUUGCAGAUAAAGCAUCUCCUGUUCAGGAUAACUGGAGAGGAAUACCGACAAGAUUGAAUAACAUUCCUCACUCGAGGGAUAUCAGAUCUUAUUUUUAUGAAGAUGUUCUGCAAGCCACAGUUAGGUCGAUCAAAGAUGGAAACACUCGUCUUCGGGUAGACAUAAAUAUCCCUGAGCUAAAUCCUGAAAUGGAUGUUUACCGGAUAGGAACCUUGAUGGAACUGGUGCGAACUCUUGCUUUAUCAUUCGCAGAUGAUGGAAAAAGAGUGAAGGUUUGUGUUCAGGGGUCAAUGGGGGAAGGUGCACUCGCUGGAAUGCCACUGCAGUUGGCGGGCACUCGAAAGAUUUUAGAAUAUAUGGACUGGGGUGAUGAUGAAACUUUGGGAACUUUCGUCAAGCUUGGCGCAAUUGGUGGUAAAGAAGUUGAUGAAGAAGACGACAUUUUCAUCUUAGUGGCUCCACAAAAUGCCGUUGGAAACUGUAUUAUAGAUGAUCUACAAGCGAUGACUACUGCUGCUGGUAAGAGGCCAGUUGUACUUAUCAAUCCUCGCCUCAAGGACUUACCCGCUUCAAGUGGCAUAAUGCAAACAAUGGGCAGGGAAAAAAGGCUGGAAUACGCCUUAACAUUUGACAACUGCUAUGUAUUUCGGCUACUUUAUUAUGCUGGAACACAAUACCCGAUUAUGGGCGCUCUAAGGAUGUCUUAUCCUUAUCGGUAUGAGCUUUACAAGAGGGUGACUGAGGAAAAUGGAAAAGAAAAGUAUGUAUUGAUAUCAACAUACUCGGAAAGGCCAACCCCUGACCAAAUCAACGAUGCCUUCUCUGGAAAAUCUCGGGAGGAAAGCAAGAAGCCUUCAGGAAUCUGGGGGUUCCUAGGCAGCGGAUUUUUCUAGAGGAGGGGAAGCUAAAUUUGUGUGAUACUACUUUUGGCCCAUUUUAUUAGGUCUCAAUGUUUUGAUGAUCUCAAUGUAGGCCACAUCAAAUAUUGUGAUUAUUAGUCUCACACAACCAAAGAGUAACCUAACUUUGGUUCACUAUGGCCGAGAACUUAGUCUACAAGUUUUCAGAACCUCCCCAGUUAUGCUGAUAAGUUUUCAUUUA